CCUAAGAUGGCGGCGGGGAGACGGUGAAGGUUGCCGGUUGCCGGUCCGGGCUCUAAGGCCGCCGUCUCCCCGUCCCCCCGCGCGCCGCGGCCAGCCCAUGGCCUGGCGGAGGCCCGGACCAUGGACCUCCGCACCGCCGUGUACAACGCCGCCCGCGACGGCAAGCUGCAGCUGCUGCAGAAGCUGCUGAGCGGCCGCAGCCGCGAGGAGCUGGAGGAGCUGACGGGCGAGGUGGCCGGCGGGGGGACGCCGCUGCUCAUCGCCGCCCGCUGCGGCCACCUGGACGUGGUGGAGUACCUGGUGGACCGGUGCGGCGCGAGCGUGGAGGCCGGCGGCUCGGUGCACUUCGAUGGCGAGACCAUCGAGGGCGCGCCGCCGCUCUGGGCCGCCUCCGCCGCCGGCCACCUGGACGUGGUGCGCAGCCUGCUGCGCCGCGGCGCCUCGGUGAACCGCACCACGCGCACCAACUCGACGCCGCUGCGCGCCGCCUGCUUCGACGGGCACCUGGAGGUGGUGCGCUACCUGGUGGGCGAGCACCAGGCCGACCUGGAGGUCGCCAACCGGCACGGCCACACGUGCCUCAUGAUCUCCUGCUACAAGGGCCACCGCGAGAUCGCCCGCUACCUGCUGGAGCAGGGCGCCCAGGUGAACCGGCGCAGCGCCAAGGGCAACACGGCCCUGCACGACUGCGCCGAGUCCGGCAGCCUGGAGAUCCUGCAGCUGCUGCUGGGCUGCAACGCCCGCAUGGAGCGCGACGGCUACGGCAUGACCCCGCUGCUGGCGGCCAGCGUGACGGGCCACACCAAUAUCGUGGAGUAUCUCAUCCAGGAGCAGCCGGGACAGGAGCAGCUCGCCCAGGAAGGCCCCUCUGCCAGCCCUGGGUGUGCUCAGCCUCCCGGGGCCCGUUGCUCCAGCUCCUCCCCGGAGGAGCCCCCUAACGGGGAAUCUUACGAAAGCUGCUGCCCCACUAGCCGGGAAGCCGCGGUGGAAGCCUUGGAAUUGCUGGGCGCCACGUAUGUGGAUAAGAAGCGGGACCUCCUGGGGGCCCUCAAGCACUGGAGACGGGCCAUGGAGUUGCGCCACCAGGGGGGCGAGUACUUGCCCAAGCCGGAGCCCCCGCAGCUGGUCCUGGCUUACGAUUACUCCAGGGAGGUGAGCACCACGGAGGAGCUGGAGGCGCUGAUCACCGACCCCGACGAGAUGCGGAUGCAGGCCCUGCUGAUCCGCGAGCGAAUCCUGGGCCCCUCGCACCCCGACACUUCCUAUUACAUCCGCUACAGGGGUGCCGUGUACGCGGACUCCGGCAACUUCGAGCGCUGCAUCCACCUGUGGAAGUACGCCCUGGACAUGCAGCAGAGCAGCCUGGAGCCCCUGAGCCCUAUGACGGCCAGCAGCUUCCUCUCGUUCGCUGAACUCUUCUCCUACGUGCUGCAAGACCGGGCGGCGAAGGGCAACCUGGGCAUGCAAAUCGGCUUCACGGAUCUCAUGGGGGUGCUCAGCAAAGGGGUCCGGGAGGUGGAGCGGGCACUGCAGCUCCCCAAGGAGCCUGGGGACUCGGCCCAGUUCACCAAGGCCCUGGCCAUCAUCCUCCACCUGCUCUACCUGUUGGAGAAGGUGGAGUGCAGCCCGGCCCAGGAGCACCUGAAGCACCAGACCGUCUACCGGCUGCUCAAGUGCGCCCCCCGCGGCAAGAACGGCUUCACCCCCCUGCACAUGGCCGUGGACAAGGACACAACAAACGUGGGCCGCUACCCGGUGGGCAGGUUCCCCUCCCUGCAGGUGGUGAAGGUGCUGCUGAGCUGCGGGGCCGACCCCGACAGCAGGGACUUCGACAACAACACCCCAUUGCACAUAGCAGCCCAGAACGACUGCCCGGCCAUCAUGAACGCACUGAUCGAGUCGGGCGCCCACAUGGACGCCACUAACGCCUUCAAGAAGACAGCCUACGAGCUGCUGGAUGAGAAGCUGCUGGCCAAGAACACAGUGCAGCCCUUCAACUACGUGACCCUCCAGUGCCUCGCCGCCCGAGCCUUGGACAGGAACAAGAUCCCCUACAAGGGCUUCAUCCCGGAGGAGCUGGAGGCCUUCAUCGAACUGCACUGAGCUGCCCAGAGUGUCUGCCUCGGAAAGCAGAAAGUGGGGGAAAGCAGUUUGAUGUGUAGCAGAUGCCCACUCUUGCCUUCUCUCAGUGAGUGCACCCGGUAGCACCAGACAGGAAGGGGGCUCUCCUGCCCUCGGUCCCGUCCCGUUAGCCUCCUCGGAGAGAGGAACGGAUCCUCGGGGUUGUGUAGCGGGAGAACCACCCAUCUGUCAUCGGGCGGGAGAGGACAAUGGCUCUUCCCCACAUCCUCUGCCUCGGUUUCCAAGGCCUCUUCUUGCCUUCCUGCUUAGAAGCAGAGGGAUUGAAGCCAUGGCCUGCCUUCCCUUCUAGAAACACAGGAAGAGGUUGAGAAUCGAGUCCGUCUCUUUGCCACCACACGUGGCUGAAUAAAUCGAGCCGCCACCGGCAGUGUUAGGACUGUGGGUUCCCACGGUCGAAAGCACGGAUCUCAAGAAGCAAGGCCACGUUUUGUGUCUUCCUGUGCUGUCACGGCCUCCUCCCGUGUUGCCAUCGUCUCGGAGCAGGUCGUGGGGGCUCCUUGAGUAGGAUGGCCUGCCUGCCCCUUAGACAGCUUGCGGUUGGUUUGGUGUCGUGUUUAUUUAGCAAGCAGACAGGUUACAAGCGCUGCACUGGGAGCCCGGAGAUUUUGCUGCUGCUUUUUUAAGCAUUUUGCUUCUUGGACUUGUUUGUUGUGCCUGGAGUGGCUGAGGCAGUCAGGGAAUGAGCUUUGUUGUGUGAAUAAUUUGGUGAGCAAAGUAAAAGACUCCUAAAACUUGGGCAACUGUCCUUUGUUUAAGAAAAAGAAAAACAAAACUUCACUCUUUGGUCUUUUACUUGGGCCUCCCAUAUUUCCAUUCUCAUUAGAAAUCUCUUUUCCCAACCAAAGUCAGGUCAAGUGCCAAAGGAGCCAGUCUGAAGACCAUUUUCCAGCCAGCAAGAAAUAUCGUGGCUGGUGGCGAUUUUGUUUUAUCCUGGUCUCUUGAGUUAAAACUCCAGGCCGCUUCAGCUUUGCAAGUUGGCGUGCAGGGUGGUGGACUGUGUGCAACCCCAAGGGGCCCUAGACACUUUCUUCAGCUGCUCAGAGAAUCUGAAUCCAGGUCGUACUGAGAAAAGCAUCAGAGCAGUAUUAAUUCAACGAAGCAACCGGAUAAGACAGUGAAGCAGCCAGGACAAGUUGUCUGUUAAGAUUUGUACAAAAAAUUGCAGUUACCCAUCGCUCAGGAUAAAGUUCUGGUGCAAGGGAACCUGCUGGGGUGAGAUUUACCUCGGACGUGAUCCCACGUAUUGCCAUAGCAGGCAGCAGAUGCCUGGCCUGUCCGGAGAAGAGCGGGUAGCAGAAGGUGAAACCGCUGCUCCUGCAGCCCCAGGGGAAGGUCAUGUUCGGGGAGAGCCGAGUUCUAACCACCCACAGACCAACUGACAGGAGCUAAGCAGGUGACCGAGCUCCCCUUUAAGGAAACUAAGUCUCGUUUGGAUUUGCAGUGGUUAGUUAGGACAUGGUUUAUUUACAAGACAAGAUCUUAACUUCCGUCGAGGCGGAAACUGCAGUCACCAAACCCUUUCCAAAGCCCUGAAUGAAGAAAUGAGAUGGCUUAAGUUUCUGCAUCAGCGCUGGUGUUUAAAUCAUUAAAAAGCAGAUGUUCGAAGAGA